ACAGAUAUAAGGUUUAUUGAUAUUUUUCGCUUAAGCAAAGAACUAGUUUGAUUCCUUUUUGAUGAGCUACAGGAACUUACGGAAGAUUGGGAAGGUGGUGUAAGAGCAUCACUAAUUCAUAAUUCAUUAUCAACAAAACAAAGAACACAGAAUUCUUGUGAAAUCAACACAACGAACAACCUGCUUAGCGCCUGCGCUUGUUUACCACGUGAAAAUGAUCGACCAAUCACUAUCGAAAGCGAAACGAAACGCAAGUCAAAAGUUAUCGCUUUCGCUUUGUAAUCGGCUUCGUGAUCUGCUUCUCCGAUUCUUCCCGAAUGAGCUUACAGAAUAGCAAACCGUCGGAUAACGAACGUAAUUGUUUCGCGUUGAUCUUAUAGAAUCGGUCCACUGAUCACCUGUUUAAAAGUUAUUGAAAAUUUUCGUGCUUUUCAAUGUCCUGAUAUAAGUUGUAGCGAUGGUGUCCAAAUAUCAGAGGAAGAGUAAUCAGCAGUCAUGGGACCCCGCAGCGAUGCAAAGACCAAUCGAUGGGAUGCCUUAUCAAACGGCUGCUAAAGCUUACAAUGUGCCUAGGAACACACUAAAACGUCGAGUACUAGAUAAAAAUCAAGACGCCACUGACAAUAAGAAAAUAUUAAUCAAUUUUCGAGCUGUUUUCAAUGAAGAGCAAGAACAGCAGUUGGUAAAUUAUCUCUUGGAGAUGGAGGUUCGUUUUUUGGAAUCAAUGUAGCUGACUUGCGCAGCCUUGCUUAUCAACUGGCUGAACGAAAUAACAUCCCUCACAGUUUCAAUAAAGAAACGAAAUUGGCAGGAAAAUAUUGGGUAACUGGGUUCAGAAAGCGCCAUCCUGAGCUUGUGUUAAGAAAACCUGAGGCGACUUCAGCAGCAAGGGCGCAAGCAUUUAACAAAACAAAUGUAAAUAAGUUUUUUGACAUUUUGGAGCAUGUUCAAAAAAAAUCAUUUGUAUCCUCGUCAUAGGGUCUACAAUGUUGAUGAAACUGGACUUACGACAGUUCAGUCAAAGUCUUCAAAGGUUUUAGCUCUAAAAGGGCGACGGCAAGUCGGCUCUAUUACAUCUGCCAGAGAGAGGUGUUCUCACCACAUUUGUAAUUUCAAUGUCAGCUGGGAGAGUUUUUAUUCCUCCUUUUAUCAUCUUUCCUAGACAGCGGAUGAAAGUGGAACUUCAAGACGGAGGUCCACCUGGAACAGCUUUUGUUUGUCAUCCUUCAUAGUGAAGCUGAAAACUGAAAGUUUCACACAAUGGUUUGACCAUUUCUUGAAGUUUGCGAAGCCAUCCGAAGACGACCCAGUUUUGCUGAUAAUUGAUGGACAUUCGACCCAUACAAAAAAUCUAGAUUUCAUUGAAAGGGCUAGAGAAAAUCAUACAACUGUAGUUUGCAUUCCCCCCCACUGUAGUCAUAAGCUGCAGCCACUCGACGUUUCUUUCAUGGGGCCUCUAAAUACUUACUAUAUCCAAGCGAUCGAAAGAUUCAUGCGUAAUAAUCGUGGUAGGCUAGUGACACAGUAUGAGGUGUCUAAACUUCUUGGAGAGGCAUUUCCACUUGCAGCUACUCCAACAAUUGCGGUAAAGAGGUUUGGUAAAUGUGGCAUAGUUCCUAUAAACAGACAGAAGUUUACUGACAUUGAUUUUGCUGCAGCUAUGACCACAGAAAUCUCCGUGCAAGGUUCUACCUCUCUUCAAGAAGCUGAAAAUCAAGAAUUAGCUGUUGAAGACCAAGAGGAAGCUUCUACUAUGGUACUAGGAAAAGAUAUUGCAGAUUAGCAACAAAAUAUUCCUCGAAGUCAAGAGACACCACUUGAAAGUACAGAGAACUCGCCUUCUGAAGAGGUUGAUUUCCGACCAGUUACCUCUGCAUCCAACGCUGCAGUUCCUAUGUUUUCCAAUGAUCACACCCAAAAUGUCACUCUAGGAUCUGGAGAUCCAAAUUCUACAUUCGUUUUAAUUUCCUAAGCCCAAGAUUCGCCAAAGCCAAGUACUUCAACGUUCCAGCCUAGCCCACUUCCUCAUUGCAGUACUUCAUGCGAUAUAAGCAGCAUCUCCAAGGGCAAGAGGCACUAUACUUUUGCUAUAAGCCCACAGGAUAUUGUUCCAAUCCCUAAAGCAAAUAUUCUCAAACGAGAAAAUAAACGAAAAAAAGGAACAGCUGCAGUUUGGACCUCGAGCCCUUUCAAGAUGGAACUAGUAGCCGCAAAAGCAGAAAAAGAAGAAAAGGAAAGGCUUAAGAAAAUAAAGCUGGAACUGAAAAAGGAAAACAGGUUAAAAAGCGGAAUGAAGGAAGCAAAGAAAAAAGUAAAGGAAAGCAGAAAAUUAAAUCAAAAUCAGUGCUUUAUUUAAUGACUCGGAAAGUGACGUGAGUGAUAUUGAUACUGAUUGCCUUUUCUGCAAUAUAUUCCAAGGGGACUUAUAUUCCAAAUCAAGGGGCAAUGAAGGAUGGAUAAGGUGUUCCGGCUGUUUGCAAUGGGCACAUGAGGCUUGUGCCGGGUGUGAAGAAGAAGACAAUGAUUUUAUUUGUGACGUUUGUAAAUAAACUUUGUGUGAAACUUUUUUUUUUCUAUGAUCGCAAUAAUGUUUUUAUUUUGAAAAUAUAGUUUUAUGUAAUAUACAAAUUCAUUUUAAA